AUGCUCCCUGCACCCCUCGAAUCGAGUCCUCGACAUCUUUGCCUCCAAGGAUCGUGUACUCCCAAAACAGCCGCACCUAUUGGCGGAGCUUGUGGCGCGGACAACCAGUGCCCAGCGGGCGUCGCCUGCAAAUCGAACAUUUGUGGCGGGGCUGACGCUUAUUGUACCGGGAAUGAGCAAUGCGCCUCGGGCUAUGCUUGCCUACGGAAUCGGUGCAGCUCUCGGCCUUCUCGAGAACUCGGCGAAACUUGCGGAGAUAGCACGCAGUGUCCCAGCUCUGUGACAUGCGCCUCAGGGAUCUGUGGAGGCCAAUACGCAUACUGUAACAAUGACGCCUCACUGUGUGCUCCAGGAUCUCGAGCGGUCAAUGUCCCGUGGGAGUUAGCUGCUCCAACUUCGUUUGUGGCGGAGAGCAAGCCUAUUGCGGGAGCGAUUCCUCCUUUCACCUGUCUCGUCGAUGGGCGGUGUUCAGCACAAGCACCCGCUGCAGUGGACGAACCUUGUAUCACCGAUCCUCAAUGCGCCGGUGAUAGCCGCUGUACUCGGUCGAUCUGCGGAGGGCUAGGAGGAUACUGUCCGGACGAUCAGGCUUGCGCUAGCGGUCUGACAUGCUUGCGCAACAUCUGUUCAAGUCUUACGGCCGUCAAUAUCGGUGAUGCUUGCAACGCUGACAGUCAAUGCCCUACCGCGUCGACUGGUUCUGUAUACUGCAGAAGCUUUGAAUGCGGAGGUUACGGAGCAUAUUGCUCGACUCCUGACGGGAUUUACCCUGGACCAUCGCCUCAAUGUCGAUCCGAUUAUACGUGUCUGGCUGGUAUCUGCUCACCCAGAGCGGCAUCCUCCCUCGGCGAAGCUUGUGGAGUAUCAGAACAGUGUCCAUCUGGGGUCAGCUGCUCUCAAUACCGAUGCGGCGGUCCCGGAAGUUACUGCACCGUCCGAGACGGUUCCACAAGUGGACCGUCCGAUCAAUGUGCCUCGUCUCUCAAUUGCGUAAAUAACGUCUGCGUGGAACUGGAAGUCGACGUUCCACUUGGGCAACUAUGCACCUCUGACACGCAGUGUGCCGACGGCGUCAGCUGCUCCGAGACGGACAAGAAAUGCGGCGGUAUAGACGCCAGUUGCGAAUCAGCUGGUGUUUGCUAUUCCAAUUGCUCGACUCUGACAUGGGCGUACAACAUGGGCGUACACGUCUACGUAGACAAUUGCAACUUCGAUUCAUUCACCUGCGUUUCGGGCGCAAGCCCCGUCCCAGGAGGCUCGCGAAAGCGGGAUAUGGUUCAUCAAGCUCGCAUGAAAGCUAGUCUCUGUCCGCCUUCCCAAAUCGCAUGUCCAGUCUUCCCGAAGGUGCAUCGAUCCGAUGACCAACUUGGAAGGAUGCGGCGGUUGCGUAUCGGGGGCAUCCACGGGUAUCGAUUGUACGGCACUACCGAACGUCGAGGAGGUGGCAUGUUCUGCAGGGAAAUGCGUCAUCAGUGA